UUUCAUAGGGAGUUGAGGGAACAUGGAUAGUUCGCUUGGGCUUCGGUUGGUCACGAUAACAUUGGCCUUCAUUCAUAUUGGUCAUGCUCAAGACCAAAAAGGGUUUAUCAGUUUGGAUUGUGGGCUACCUGCAAAUGAACUGUCUCCUUAUAGCGAGACUUAUACUAGACUGUCGUUCUCUUCCGACGAAAAUUUCAUACAGAGCGGAAAAAUUGGUCGAAUCCAAGCAAACCGAGAGAGCAAAUUCGGGAAGCCAUACAGAACGCUGAGAUAUUUUCCCAAUGGAACACGAAACGGUUACAAUCUAAGUGUGGAGAAAGGCAGAAAUCAUUUGAUCAGGGCUUAUUUUAUAUAUGCAAAUUAUGAUGGUUUUGAUAUUAACCCAAUGUUUGAUCUGUAUCUUGGACCUAAUUUGUGGGACACGAUAGAUUUGCAAGGACAAGUGAAUGGUACACGGGCGGAGAUGUUGCACAUUCCAAUAUCAAACUCGUUGCAGAUUUGUCUGGUUAAGACAGGGACUACUACUCCGUUCAUAUCCACCUUGGAGAUACAGCCAAUGGGAAAUGAUAGUUAUAUCACUGAUUCUGGUUCCCUCAAACUUUUCUUUCGGGGAGAUAUUUUAGUGCGUCGAAGAAUUUCAUAAGGUACCUCAACUUCAAUCGAAUUCUUUCUCUCUUUUUUUUUUCUCUCUCUCUCUCCUAUGUUCCGUCUCUUGUACUGUGUUUCUUGCGGUUCAGUUCACCUGUCUUUCGCGGCUAAUGUACACUUUUGUUCGCAACAUAGGGUUUGUUUCAAGGAAAUAACUUAAAUAGGAUUUUAAACUUAGGGACAUGGACCUACAUGCAUUCAACU